AUGCCUUUCCUAUAUCUCAACUUCGAAGAGGAUAACCCUGAGCAUAUAAGCCUGAUUUUCGUCUUCACAACCUUCACAACCUUCACAACCUUCACAACCUUCACAACCUUCACAACCUUCACAACCUUCACAACCUUCACAACAUUCACAACCUUCACAACCUUCACAACCUUCACAACCUUCACAAUCUCCUACUCUCCGUUCCUCUAA